CGCAACGCAGGCGGAAGUCUCAUACUUCUCAGCGGAAGUUAUUCCCCGGCUCCUCGGCGGAAGUCCGGGCGGCUGUCCCCUCGUGGCUAAUCGCCGGCAUGGCGCACUACAACUUCAAGAAGAUCACGGUGGUGCCGUCCGCCAAGGACUUUAUUGACCUGACAUUAUCGAAGACUCAACGAAAGACUCCGACAGUUAUACACAAACAUUACCAAAUCCAUCGCAUUAGACAUUUUUAUAUGAGGAAAGUCAAAUUUACUCAGCAGAAUUACCAUGACAGACUCUCACAAAUUCUGACCGAUUUCCCUAAAUUGGAUGAUAUUCAUCCAUUUUAUGCAGAUUUGAUGAACAUUCUCUAUGACAAGGAUCAUUACAAGUUGGCUCUAGGACAAAUAAACAUUGCCAAAAAUUUAGUGGACAACGUAGCUAAAGAUUAUGUUCGGCUCAUGAAAUAUGGUGAUUCUCUGUACCGUUGCAAGCAACUGAAACGCGCUGCUCUCGGGCGGAUGUGUACUAUUAUCAAAAGACAGAAGCAGAGUUUGGAAUAUUUGGAACAAGUGCGUCAGCAUCUGUCCCGUCUGCCCACCAUUGACCCGAACACGAGGACCUUGCUUCUGUGUGGGUACCCCAACGUUGGCAAGUCCAGCUUCAUCAAUAAGGUGACAAGAGCGGAUGUGGACGUCCAGCCCUACGCCUUCACCACCAAGUCUCUCUUUGUGGGGCACAUGGACUACAAGUACCUGCGCUGGCAGGUGGUGGACACCCCUGGGAUCCUGGACCAACCUCUGGAGGACCGCAACACCAUCGAGAUGCAGGCCAUCACGGCGCUGGCCCACCUGCGAGCCGCAGUGCUGUAUGUGAUGGACCUGUCAGAGCAGUGCGGCCAUGGGCUUGCGGAGCAGCUGGAACUCUUCCGGAACCUCAGGCCACUCUUUGUCAACAAGCCUCUUAUCAUCAUAGCAAACAAAUGUGAUGUGAAGAGGAUCUCUGAGCUUUCUGGGGACAAUCAGAAAAUAUUUCUAGACCUGCAGGCGGAAGGCUUUCCUGUGGUGGAGACCAGCACACUGACGGAGGAGGGGGUUAUCAGAGUGAAGACAGAGGCUUGUGACAGGCUUUUGGCUCAUCGUGUUGAAACCAAAAUGAAGGGAAAUAAAGUGAAUGAGGUGCUGAACAGACUGCACUUGGCUGUUCCCAGCAGGAGAGAUGACAAGGAGAGGCCCCCAUUUAUCCCUGAAGGUGUGGUGGCACGCAGGAAGAGGAUGGAGCUCGGGGAGCCGAAGAGGAAGCGGGAACGGGACCUGGAACUGGAGAUGGGAGAUGAUUAUAUUCUGGAUCUUCAAAAGUACUGGGAUAUAAUGAAUUUAUCUGAGAAACAUGACAAGAUCCCUGAGAUCUGGGAAGGCCAUAACAUAGCCGACUAUAUCGACCCUGACAUCAUGCAGAAAUUGGAAGAGUUAGAAAAAGAAGAAGAACUAAGAACAGCUGCUGGAGAGUAUGACAGUGAAUCUGAAAGUGAAGAUGAAGAAAUGGCAGAGAUUCGACAGCUGGCAAAACAGAUUAGGGAAAAAAAGAAGCUGAAGAUUCUACAGUCCAGAGAGAAGGACACACAGGGGCCCAGGAUGCCUCGGACGGCCAAAAAGGUUCAGCGGAAGGUCUUGGAGGAUGAGAUGCGCAGUCUUGGUGUUGACAUGGAUGACAAGGACAAUGCCCAUUAUGCAGUCCAGGCGAGAAGGUCUCGGAGCAUCACCAGGAAGAGGAAACGGGAAGACUCUGUCCUGCCUGCCUCUGUGACCCGCAGUCAGAGCUGUUCUCGGCCUCCACGUGAUGUCUCUGGUCUCCGGGAUGUCAAGAUGGUGAAGAAGGCCAAGAUGAUGAUGAAGAAUGCUCAGAAGAAGAUGAAUCGCUUGGGGAAGAAAGGGGAGGCAGACAGACAUGUGUUUGACAUGAAACCGAAGCACUUGCUCUCAGGAAAGAGGAAAGCUGGUAAAAAGGACAGGAGAUAGUGUCCUUUGCCGCUGAAGCACUUUGACCCCACUUUUUCCUGGUUUGGUUUCACAGAGCUGGGAGUCGUGAUCUGUAAACUGAACAGAACAGUGAAGUAACUCAAGGACUUGUGCUUUGCUGAAAGCUAUGGUUAUGCCUUAAAUGUACGGGUGUGGGUAAUUUUUGUCACUGUAUUAUAUUACAGAUAUUUUGAGUGGGCAGUGGUUUCUCAUUUCUUAAGUUUUGGUUGCUUCAGACUUGCAGGAGAGGAAAGAUUUAUUGAUGUGACUGUGUUGCUUUUGAUGGACAAAUCUUACUCUUGUGCAAGAGAGAAUUUUGGUCAUUGCACAUGAAGAGUCCCUUUUUUG